AUGAGUGACAAGAUGCUCAUCCUCGAGAACGAUACAAUUCAAGUCGGCAUCCACAUCAACGAGGAUGGCACAUGUUCACUGGCGUAUCUCUUGCCAGCAGGUCAAAAACCUCAACCCUCAUCCUCCCCACAUUUUCAAGAUGGAUAUCUUCCUUUGGUGGAACUUCGUCUAAGUGGACCAGGAAACUCCAGUCAGAAAUCAUCCCGGGCUUUGGUCGCAGGUUACAUUGGCGAGCGUCUCAAGUAUCAAAACCAUCGCGAGUUCAAUGAUGGUCUUAAGCGAUCUAAGAGUCUGGAUGUGGGUUUACUCGACGAGAAGACUCAGAUGACUGUUACGAGUCAUUUGACGAUCUUCGAGGAUCUACCUUUCCUUCGAUCUAGCGUUACAGCCAAAAACGACUCCUCGGUCGCCGUUGUGGUAAACCAAAUGCCAUCCGUCGUCAUUGGAGGCAUGACUCGAUCUUCACAAUGGUGGCAGGAUUAUGAAGUCUCAUAUGCAAACAACACCUGGUUUCGUGAGGCACAAUGGGUGACACUGUCACUCCCUGACGUCGGCCUUGAUGACACGGGGGUUUACGGUCUUCCAGAUAAACACCAGGCUACCUUGGCUACUUUCGGAAUAUCAAACCAAGGUAGCUUCAGUACACAAGGAAAGCUACCGAUGGGUAUGCUGAAGAAGCGCGAUCAGACAGAAACCUGGCUGUGGCAGAUUGAACACAACGGCUCGUGGAGGUGGGAAAUUGGAGACUGGCGUGAUGAUGUUUAUCUGGCUGCUUCUGGUCCGACUAGUGAUGAUCACGAUUGGAGGCACGGUCUCGCUCCUGGAGAGUCCUGCACUAGUGUUCCGGUUGCUGUCGCUCAUCUCUUCGGUAAUCAAGAGGCUGCUUUCGGUGCCUUGACACAAUACCGCCGUCGCAUCAGACGAUCACAUUCGGACCAUCAGAAAUUACCAAUCAUUUUCAAUGACUAUAUGAACUGCCUAAUGGGCGACCCGACAGACGAGAAGAUUCUCGCGCUCAUUGAGCCGGUGUCCAAGGCCGGCGCCGAGUACUUUGUCAUUGAUUGCGGUUGGUAUGCCGACGAUAGUAACUGGUGGGAUGAUGUCGGCCUGUGGGAACCAUCGAAGCGAAGGUUCCCUAUGGGCUUUGAGAAUCUCCUGGGCAAAAUCAGGGACGCCGGUUUAAAGCCCGGUUUAUGGAUAGAACCAGAGGUUAUUGGCGUGCGAAGCAUCAUGGCUUCUCGUCUGCCAAAAGAGGCCUUCUUCGAGAGAGAUGGUCAACGCAUUAUAGAGAAAGGUCGCUACCAGUUAGAUUUCCGCCACCCUUCCGUCCAAACCUCAAUGGACAAAGUCAUUGACAGAUGUGUUCAGCAGUAUGGAGUUGGAUAUUUCAAAUUCGAUUACAAUGUCCAAAUCACCCAAGGUACCGACCUCAAUUGUUCCAGUUCUGGUGCUGGAUUUUUGGAACACAAUCGUGCGUACCUUUUAUGGGUGAACAGAGUAUUCGACCGCUACCCUGAGCUUCUGAUCGAGACUUGCUCUAGUGGUGCACAGCGACUUGAUUAUGCCAUGCUCUCAGUCCACCCACUCCAAUCCACCAGUGAUCAGCAGUGUCCCACUCGCUAUGCCGCCAUCUCUGCAAGUAUUCAUACUGCUGUGACCCCGGAGCAGGGUGCUUCAUGGGCAUAUCCUCAGCCAGAUUGGUCAGAGGAGAUCAAUGCUCUGACUGUCGUUAAUAGCUUGCUUGGUCGGGUAUACCUCAGUGGUCGGCUGGACAGUAUGAAGGCUGAGCAGUUGAAGAUUAUCGAUGACGGGAUGAGAGUGUAUAAAGACAUCCGAGGCGAUAUCCCUCGGUCUACACCUUUCUGGCCAUUGGGUCUACCUGGUUGGCAUGAUGACUGGCUAGCUCUGGGUUUGGCUGCAAGGUCUGAAGAUGGAUCUGAGACUGGAAGGUAUUACCUGGCCGUAUGGCGACGUGGGGGAUCAACCAAAUGCAAACUACCUAUUGCAGCCCUUAAAUGCAGUGAAUCUGUUGCAGUUGAGUUCCUUUAUCCGACUCAACUUGCUGCGCAGAGUAGCUGGGAUGCUGUGAACUCUGCGCUACUGGUUGAGUUCCCCGACACAAUUUGCGCUCGCCUCUUUAGACUUCAGAUUUGA